ACUUCAUCCGUGUAUCGUCGAGUUUUUUUCUUCUGUACAGUACUUAAGAACUGUAAAUAACGUAUACAAGAAACAUCGCUUUUCUCGAGAAUGUUUCUCUGCAAUCCGGUAGCAAAAUUCAGACAGACAAAGCACAGGCCGAUAAAAACUGAGCCCUCGCCGGCUAAAGAGCAGACCUCAGCAGGUGAUCACGACACCGAUGACAGCAAUUUGAUAUGCUUGUCGAGCGAUGACGAAGAGGUGGAGGUGGAGGAGGUGAAGGUGAAGAAGUACGAUAAAGAGCUGGAGAAUGAGGACGACGAUGUCACGUGGCUCGGUGACGAGAACAGUAACAUCAGAGAUGAGGCUGAUGCAAGCGAUGCUAGGAGUUGCACUAGCAGCAAUGACGGUGAUCCGAAUAACUCCAAAAAUCAAAAUAACAGCAGGGAAAAUAAUGCUAGCCUUGGUGAAUUGUUGCCAGCUUUAUCGUCGGGAGAAGCUUCAUUCGACACUGUCGAAGCUGUGAUCGAAGCGUUUGUAGAAAAUAAAAUACAACAACUGGCCAGUCCAAAGACUGACAAAAGUACGCAAACGUGUAAAAAUGAUUUUCCACAGCUAGAGUGCGAACAGUGUUAUGCUUGUGGCUCACUUCCUUCAGAGUAUGACGGACUGGAAGUGAGAAAAGUUGGUCCUUUUAAAUACAACCGUAACAACUCAAGAAGUAAUAUGUAUGAUGCUGGUUGCUCUUUGCCAAAUCAAGAAAACAUCGAUGAUUCGUCAAAUGUGCAUAAUAAAAGGUCAUUUAUUCAAAGGACAACGAAUACAAGUAUGUACGUACGUCAGCAACCGUACCAAACGCCUAACAACAACCCCAAUAGUUUCGCUAAUAAAUUUGCUGGUAACAAGGAAGUUCAAAACUAUGUAAACUGGAGAGUGCGAUAUUUAAUGCGCCAAUACGAGUCGAGGAUUCUUUUUGGUUUCUCUAAAUUUAUGAAUUACGUGACUCAGAACCAUCAUCAUCACAAUAACUAUGAUUCACAAAACGCGAACAAUUUUAGAUCAGAUCAACAAAACUCAAACGGUUACAGAUAUACUCAACAAAGCAAUAAUGAGCUGAAUCAACGAAACUCUGUUGAUUAUUUACCUUUGCAACAAAAUAUGUGGGAUCCUAAUGCGAGAUUAAAUUAA